UGGCUGAACUUUUCGAUUCGGUUCCGACGACUGAGUCAAGGUCGAUAAGAAAGGCAUGGCAGGGUUCGACAGCUCUUCACGACCUGCCACUGACAAUUUACCACCCUGCGAAUAGAAAUCACCAAAUGGACACAGUCGACUUGAAAGCUCUGCGGAUUGACGAACCAAAGGUUCCUGCUGCCACCAAGACGAAGGUCAGCAGGAUAAAAAAGAAACAGGCGGAAGCAAAUACCGCGCCUAUCGCAGAGGAUGGCGGCACUCCCGAGGUGGUCGCCUACUCUCAGCAGAGCAGGUUUCACCAAGAGACCUUCGACCCAAACAGUACCGAGAUCGACCUGAAAGACGUGAACAUCUCUGUUAACAAUAAGGAACUGCUCGUGGAUGCUCAUCUGCGGUUGAAAUCCGGUGUUCGUUAUGGGAUGGUCGGCCAGAAUGGUGUUGGGAAGUCUGGCCUCAUGUCCGUCCUUGGGAACAACAUACUCGUGGGGCUUCCUCAGAAUGUUCGCAUCCUUCACAUCGCACAGUUGGAGGAGAUCGUUCCUGGUCGAACCAUCCUGCAAGAGAUCCUCAGUGCUGACGUCGAUCGUGAGCGGAUCAUCAAGGAGGCACAAGGAUUGCAAGGAGCAUCUUCCAAGUCUUCAUCGGAAGCAAGCAUGAACGUAGUCAUCCACAAGUUGCUUGUUUCUCGUGCCGAAACUGCUCUCGACCUCGCACAGAAAAUAGCCGCGAAGCGUUCGGGUCAGCGAGGCCACACCGCUCGUCAGGCAUUACUCGCAGCAGAGGGCGAACUUGCCUCACUUAAGGCUCAAGAUCCUCAUACUUUCGUCACGGCGAAGAUGGCCAACGAUCUGAUGGCUGAGGUGUUUGGUGCAUAUCAGGCGCUCGACUUGGAGGCAGAUGAAGCGAGGGCGAAGGCUAUUCUGAAGGGUUUGGGAUUCACUGAUGAUGAGCUGUCGAAGGAGGGGAAAGAUAUCGGAGGCUUGAGCGGAGGCUGGCGGAUGAGGGUUAUGCUGGGCAAGGCCUUGUUCGUGAAACCCGAUAUUCUCCUCUUGGAUGAACCUAGGAAUCAUCUGGAUCUUCCUGCUAUCCUCUGGCUACAGUCGUACCUUACCAACGACGUCGAAGGGCAAACCGUCGUUGUCGUUUCGCACGAUCGCAAUUUCCUGGACGCUGUAACCGACGAGACCAUUAUUUUCCGGGAUAGGCAAUUGAAGUAUCAUCCUGGAAAUUAUGAAGAUUGGGAAAAGAAUACCGAAGAGCAGAGGAAGCGGAAGACUCGCCUCAAGGAGGUGGAACAGAAACGUCGAAAGCAGAUUCUAAACAGUAUCCAGAAAAGCGUCCAGCACGCUAAAUCUACUGGAGAUGAUAAACGUUUAGGCCUCGUAGCUUCUCGGCGAAAGGAACUUGACAGACUGGGAAUGGAACGUCUUGAAGACGGCAAACGGUACAAGCGCAGUUACCAUGGGUAUCACGCCGAAAUUGUCAUAGAGCAAGCAGUCAAGACGGCGCCUAUCCACCUGCCGCCGCCCGAGCCAUUCAACUUCCCGGGAAAAUCUUUCCUCCAGCUUUCGGACGUCUCCUUCAAAUACGACGCCAAGCCUUCGUCACCUUUGGUCAUCAACAACGUUUCAUUGGACGUCAGUCCUGGUGCUCGCAUUGCGCUCCUCGGCCCAAACGGAUGCGGAAAAUCUACAUUAAUGAACCUCCUGGCUGGCGAGUUGAAGCCCAUGUCUGGCGAAGUCAAGAAACACCACCGUCUUCGGAUCGGCUACUUCUCGCAGCACACCGUCGAUCAACUUGAGCUGAACCUCACGGCGCUCCAACAGCUCGCGAAGGCGUAUCCGGACGUAGUCAUUUCGGAGGCCGAGGCUCGAGGACACUUGGGCUCGUGCGGAAUCAGCGGCGACCCCGUAACGCGACCCAUCCGCACGCUCAGCGGUGGGCAGCGAAAUCGGGUCGCGCUGGCUCUGGUGACAUUCCAUCACCCGCACGUUCUCCUGCUGGAUGAGAUUACCAACCAUCUCGACAUGGGCACCGUCGAGUCUCUCGUCGAGUCGCUUUGCGAGUUCGAAGGAGCGCUCGUGGUCGUUAGCCAUGAUGUAUGGUUCUUGAAGCAGGUCAUCGAAGGCGACGAAGAUGAUGACGAAGACAACGAAGGUGGCGAGCAGUACAAGGGCGUCUUUUAUACGGUGACGAAGAAGGCAGAGCUCAAGAGAUGGGAUAAGGGUCUUGAGGCGUAUGUGGAGAAGGUGCAACGUCUUUCGGUCGCGAAAGGGUUGCAGAAUAGGGCGGUGAAAUGAG